AGCCCCUGGGUUCGAGCCUUUGGCCCUCCAUACUCCACAAUCUGCCAUGGACACGAGAGGCUUAAGCAUAGAUCUAAGCAUUUGCCGUGCCCUCGCCCACAUUCUUAGCAUACCCCUCUGUGAUCGCUAUCUAGGUUCUUGCAGUAGAAUGGGCACUAUCUGCAGGUAUCGUGCUCUGCAAUUUCCCGCAUGUGCUCCACUAUCUUGCGAGGCGACACCGUAGAGCACAGGUGCUACUGACGAGCUUAGGGACAGCAGCUAUCCGUGAGGGGUAUAAACAGACCAGUACCCCUUCAGUUGUCUGUUGUCUUUCAUUCAGCAGUCUUCCUCUCUUAGUGCUGAUCAACAUGUUGUCGGCUUCCCUUCUUUCCAUUGCGGCUUUGACCGUCCCUAGUGUUCUAGCAGCCUCUCUUCGCGAUCAACUUCCAGGAGUACCAGCAGGAUGGUCUGUUUCAGGGACCCCUGAUGCUUCUCAAUCCAUUACCCUGAAGCUGUCUGUCAAGCAACAGAACAUCGAUCAGCUUGAGGGUCUGCUGAAGUCGGUCUCUGACCCAUCGAGCUCCAAUUACGGCAAAUACUACACCGCCGAUCAAGUCAAUGCUCUUUUUGGACCAUCAAGUGGCUCUGUCGAUGCUGUGUCAUCGUGGGCCAAGUCAUCUGGUCUGGAGAGCAGCCUCGACCGCGGCCUUCACGUCACAGUCAAGACCACCGUCGGUGAUGCCAACAAGGUCUUUGGCGCCAACUUCACGACCUUCAAGGACGAGGCUACGGGUGUAGAGAAGCUUAGAACACUGCAGUACUCUGUACCUGAUGAGAUCGCUAGCCACAUCGAUUUCGUCUCACCGACUACCUUCUUCGGACGCACAAAUGCGCAAAGCGCUCUCAGAUUGCCAGAAAACGUUGGCAUUGAGAAGCCGCGUUCGCUUCAGUCAGGACCGCUGUCAGACUUGGCCAAGCGUGUUACCACUUGCAUCUCCCACUCAGCUCGCGGAACUGCUUACCUUGGUCCUGAUUGUUGGAAGUCGGUGUUGAACAUUACAUACGCCGCCGACGCAUCAUCUGGUAGCCGUAUCGGCUUUGGCAGUUUCCUGAACGAGUCAGCUAUCGUGACCGACUUGUUCCUCUACGAGCAAAAGUACGGUAUUCCUCAGCAGUCGUUCAAUGUUACUCUGAUCAACGGCGGUAUCAAUCACCAGGAGCCAGAGUACACAAGUAUCGGCGAGGCCAAUCUGGAUGUCCAGAACAUCGUCGGCUUGGGCCACCCCCUGCCAGUCACUGAGUUCAUCACAGGAGGCUCGCCCCCUUUCAUCCCUAAUUUGGAUGAGCCCACUGAUGCGGACAACUCCAACGAGCCUUACUUGGACUAUUACGCAUACCUGCUGUCGCAGCCUAACGAGGCUCUGCCUCAAGUCAUCUCCAACUCUUACGGUGAUGACGAGCAAACCGUUCCUAUCGACUACGCUACAUACGUGUGCAACCAGAUUGGUAUGAUGGGUCUCCGUGGUAUCACCAUCCUUGAGUCCUCCGGUGACACUGGUGUUGGUGCUCCUUGCCAGUCGAACGAUGGCAAGAAGACCCCUCAGUUCACCCCUGCUUUCCCCGGUACUUGCCCUUACGUUACCGCUGUUGGCGGUACCCAAGGAAUUGACCCCGAGGUAGCCUGGGAUGGCUCCACUGGUGGAUUCAGCAACUACUUCCCUCGCGCAUGGUACCAGGAGUCCGCAAUCGAGACUUACCUCGGUUCCUACGUCAGCAAGGCCGUCCAGGAGUACUACACCCCCUUCACCAACUUCAGCGGACGUGGAUUCCCUGAUAUCUCAGCCCACAGCUCCAACCCUUACUGGCCUGUGUAUGCUAACGGUGUUCUCGCUCUCUACUCUGGUACCUCCGCAGCUGCUCCUGCCUGGGCUGCUAUGAUCGGUCUGCUCAAUGACGCUCGUCUCAAGGCUGGGCAGCCUGUGGUUGGAUUUGUUAACCCUCUUUUCUACUCCCUGAAAUCUGGCUUCUUGGAUGUUACCAAGGGUGCUGCUACCGGCUGCAAUGGUGUCAACGCUCAAACUGGUAACAAGAUUCCUGGCGCCUCAGUCAUCCCCUGGGCCACUUGGAACGUAAGCAACCGUCGGAUGGGAUGCUGUCACCGGUCUGGGUCUGCCCAACUUCGGUGUUCUCCUCGACACUCUUGGUCUCAGUGCUUACAACAAGACCGCAACACCCUCAUGCCCUUCGUGGAACACCCUUGAGUUCACUCCUUCUACUGGUAGUACCUACAAGAUCGAGUGCGGUGUCGACCACGCCGGUGGUGUCUUCUCUCAAGUCUACGUCAACGGUACCGAUAGACUCAACAACU